UGAUGUUUUUUGUUUAAAAUAUGUGUUCUCUGUUGCAUUUCUUCUGCAUCCAGAACUUUGACCAGACCUACAGAGAAACACUUGCAUGAUCUAAUAGUAGACGGGCUUCCUUUGCUUUUCAAAGGUUUUUGAGUGAAUCCAGGUCAAGGUGAUAGUGUUGUGUGUGGACUUUCCCCUGCAGCCAAAUCAUAAUGUGGUUAGUCUUUCUUAUAUAUCAGUUUGUCCUGAUUCUUCAGUGUGAAGCUCAGAAUGCCUGCCUCACCCAUCCAACAUUCAGAGAGCCAGACAACUCUGAUAUCACAGUUGUGUGUGGCACAAACAAGAUGGAUUUGCAGAUUUUGCUGUGUCCCAUUUACUUCAUUGGCUAUAAUGAAUCCACAAUGGCUCUUAAUGGUCAGUUUGCCAGGCCUGAGUGCAUAGGAACGCCUGACUGGACUGUUGACCCGCCUGUACUGAAAUUCCAGUUUCUCAUCACUGAAACAGCCAUAUCUACAUGCUCCAACAAGCUGACGAUAGUUGAAGAGGUCGGAUCUGGGCUGUUCUCCGACUUCUCCAAUGUUCAGUCUGUGAACAUCUCUGGGAUGGUCAACUCUCAGGAGCUAAGUGCCGGAACCAUCACCUACCGGCAGGAGAUGGUCUAUCUGUUUUCCUGUAGCUACCCACUGCAGUACUUGGUCAACAACACACAAAUGAGCGUCUCUGGUGUGAGCCUGGCAAUUAAGGACAAUAAUGGCAGUUUCAUCAGCACUCUGAGUAUGAUGCUGUUUGAGGACAUGACAUACACAAGUCCUCUCUCUGUGCCUCCGACGGGUCUAAUGCUGAAGACUAGGGUUUUUGUGGAGGUCCGAGCCACUAAUCUUACACAUAGAUUCAAUGUUCUCUUGGAUCGAUGCUUUGCAACCACCAGUCCUUACCUGGUCAGCAACAGCACAACCUUUGAAUUCUUUGUCGGAUGUAACCACGAUCCACAAACCAUAAUAGGUGUGAAUGGAGAGCAACAGGUUGCACGUUUCUCCUUCGAAACUUUUCGCUUUGUAGAACACAGAAACAGGUCGGUGUCGACCUAUUACGUGCACUGCACCACAAGACUUUGCGAGACGUCGUUCUGCACAGCAUUAAAACAGAAUUGCACAAGUAGGAAGAGGAGAGCCGUCGAGUCGGCUCAAGAAACAACGGUUAGUGAUUAUGCCACAGUGACCUCUGGACCACUCAUGACAAAGGUGGACAAUGUACCCAACACACCCAUUGUUACAGUGUAUGAGAAUUCGAAGCACAAUAACGCCGUGGUCGGGGUCUCGGUGGCAGCUGGCGUGUUCGGGCUCGUGUCUCUUGCCAUGCUGAGUGUACUUCUCUAUAAGAUCCAUUCUGAGAGGUUCAAAAUGGACAAACCGUCUCUCUUUCGCUAACAUCUUUUGAUCAGUAACAGACACACCAUAUUCCAGUCCUGUAAAAUAGUUGGCUUGCAUGUGCUCCAGAGAGCUGCUCUUGUACAAGAGAAGAUGCUGAAGAGCCCUGUACCCCAUACCUCACUGAAGAAAUCUAGAAAUGUUGACCUAGAAUUAAAUUCUGACAAUUAUGAAAAUCAUGCAUUGGGUUUCUGUAGUCUGGUUGAGUUUAGGGUAAACCAAGAAGAUCUGUAAACAAUGAGUAGAAAUUUCACAUCUUGAAAUAUUAACAUAUUCAAAGCAAACCACUUGAAGCAAAUGUGUUAUGGUUAUAGUUUUAAAUUCUUUGUACUUUUUGCAUGCAAAAUUUCAUUAUUUACUGUAUUUAAACUAUAUUUUAAGACAUUCUUGUAAAAUGUUUUUGCUCUGGUAAUUCAUGUAGUGUUUUGUUUAAAAAUACUAUUUACCUUGAAUAAAAGCAACACUGGU